UUCUGGGGUGCUACCAGUCUCAGACCAUUAAGUCUGGUCUUCUUGUUAGAAUUUGAGUGCUGCACCCCACCUCUUUUCUGCUUCAUCCGGGACUCUCUGUUGUGUUCCCUGUCGGGGCAGUCAUUGGUGGUAGCUGGGCACCAUCUAGUUCUUCUGGUCUCAGGCUGAUGAAGUCUCUGGUUUAUGUGGCCCUUUCUGUCUUUUGGGCUACUACUUUUCUUGUGUCUUUGGUGUUCUUCAUUCUCCUGAGAAGGGAAAUAAUUGAAAGUACAGAGUCUUUGAGAAGAACGGAGAGAAUGGUAUCCACAGCAUUAGUAGAGGAAUUGAUCUUUAAUAGGAGCAGAGACACUUAAUAUUCAUAGUAGCAGGAGAGCAGAGAACAUAGAUUUAGAUGCAGGUAGUUUGGGACAUGGGAGGACACCACCAUUUCUCUCUAAAUUGUUUUCUUGAAAUAAUGAGUUAAGGUUAUCUGAGAGUGAAGAUGUGAGAGAAGAGAGUAAGAGUUUUAAAGAGAAUGAAAAGUUGUAUAAUAGCCGUUUUGGAGUAGAAUUAUUGGGCAGUGUUAAAUGUCCAUUUGGGAUUUGUGGUUUUGAAUUUAACAUGAGACCAAUUAAUGAUGGUUUUGUGUUUUCCUCCAGCAAUGCUUAGCUGCUUGGGGCAGACACAGAGAGGAAGUUUUUUUGAUUUAUUGGAAGAGUGAAUUUAACUUACAUUGGGGCUUUGCCAUACGAGCAAAAAUCAAAUUAAAGUAGAUCUUGUAGAUGAGAAUUUUACAGAAUUAAGAGGAGAAAUAGCAGGACCUCCAGACACACCAUAUGAAGGAGGAAGAUACCAACUAGAGAUAAAAAUACCAGAAACAUAUCCAUUUAAUCCCCCUAAGGUCCGGUUUAUCACCAAAAUAUGGCAUCCUAAUAUUAGUUCCGUCACGGGGGCUAUUUGUUUGGAUAUUCUGAAAGAUCAAUGGGCAGCAGCAAUGACUCUUCGUACGGUGUUAUUGUCAUUGCAAGCACUAUUAGCAGCUGCAGAACCAGAUGAUCCACAAGAUGCAGUAGUAGCAAAUCAGUACAAACAAAAUCCUGAAAUGUUCAAACAGACAGCUCGACUUUGGGCACAUGUGUAUGCUGGAGCACCAGUUUCUAGUCCAGAAUACACCAAAAAAAUAGAAAAUCUAUGUGCUAUGGGCUUUGAUAGGAAUGCAGUAAUAGUGGCCUUGUCUUCAAAAUCAUGGGAUGUAGAGACUGCAACAGAAUUGCUUCUGAGUAACUGAGGCUUAGAAUGAGAGCUGCUGAUGUAGUCGAGCUUGCCCCUUCUUGAGGAGCAUCAACAUCUGUUAUUUUUAGGAUUCUGCAUAGAUUUCUUUUAAACUGGCAUUCUUGCCUAAUGAUGUUAUCUAGGCACCAUUGGAGACUGAAAAAAAACCUGCUCUGUAAAUAAAGCUAAUUAAACGUCUGUGUAAAUUUAAAAAGGGGAAAUACUUUAAUUUUUUUCUUACUCGAUAGUGUAAAAAUUCUUUGAGCUAGGCUAAAACCAUGGAAAAAACAUGCUACUUUACUGUUUAGCAGUGUACCAAGACUAGCAAGAGUUUGCUUCAGGAUUUUAUUGAAUAAUUAAGAUACUAUUUUGAGUGUGUCAGGACCAUUCAAAUUGUUGGUGUUGCAUCACAGCUACCUUAACUCUUUUUAACAUGGAUCCUCUGUGCCUGUGAAUUUACUUGCAUGCUUGUACUUGACUUCUUAGGAUGGGUAGCUGAAAAGACCACCAUUUUAAGCAUUUAAGAAUUCUUAAAAUGAGAUUUAUCCAGAAUUGAAGAUGGUGACCUUAUUCAGAGCGUUUUUGUCCUUGUCAGCAGACUGGGACAUCAUAUCUAUUUUUUUCCCCUCUACCACACACAGCUAAUACUCUGUAUUUGGUGGGGAAGUGUGCUGAGGGACAGUAUCCCUUGCUCCAUUUUUAGGUAAUAGGCUUGGAAUGUUUUGUCACAAUUCUUCAAACACCCUUAAAGCUUUCCUAUGUAAGUAAUAAUGUGAAAAUGGAGCUGCCAAUUUUGUCUUGCAAAAACAGUAAAUACUUGAUGUUGCAGUAUUCCCAGAAUGAACGAAUCCGGUUUAGUUUUACAGUGAAUUUGACAUCUUUCUAUUUUUAAAACUGUCUUAGUAGAUGAAAUUUUUCUUUGAGAACUUGCAAGGAUGCUGUCAGCUGUUUGCAGUAGUUUUUUAGCCUAAUUUUGGGCUUUAUAGAGAUUGCUUUAUUGGAUACUUUAAAAGUCACUCUUGCUUGCAUUUUCCCCAUAUUGACACAUGAAAGCUGUGCUGGUGUUUUACUGUACAUACUUCAGAUGCACAUAGAAAUAGAAGUGUGUUACAAAUCUAGCUUUCUUUAUGAUGUUUCUGAUAAUACAAGAAUUGAAAACUUUACCUUCUCUUGUACAUAGUCAGACUUUAUGUUCAUAUUAAAGUUACAUUUCAUUCUAAGUUCUUAGUUUGAAAAUUAUUAGUUUGGCAAGCUCAAACACUAACGUGACCAUUUUAUGAAGGUUGAAGUGACUUAUGCAGGCAGUCCUAUACAUAGAAACAUAAUUCUUAUUAAAUUUUCAGGACCAAUGCAAAAUAACAAAAUUGUAAUGGAAUCAGACUGAAUUAAAGUAAGGCUGUACAUAGAAAGUCAUAAAAAGUUUGUUUUCUUAAAGUGUUAUCAUAAAUUAUAAUGGUUAAAGUGUUUGGAAAAUAAUUUUUUGAACUGUAAAUUCGGCAUAACUUCAUUUGACUUCUCAGUAAUCUUAAUGCUAGAAGCAAUUAAAAAAAAAUUAAAUAUGUUAAUUAAUAUAUUAAAUGUUAAGGAUGUGAAGGUUCUUCCAAAAACUUAAAAGGCUUUCCUAAUCAACAGUAAACUCUUGUAGUUGGUAUUAUUGCAUAGUAAACACAAGUUGCUAUGUUUUUUUCCCCAUAUGUUCACUUAAGCAGAAAUUUCUUCAUAUAAUCAUCUCCUUUUAUUGUUUAGAUAUUUUCUAAAGAUGCCAAAGGAAAUAAGACUUUUCUUUAUUUAUUUUAAGCAGUUAAAACCUUAUACUUUAUAUUUUGAAGUUAGGUGGAAAUGUGUGAAAAUGUGGACAGUUUUGCUCUAUUGUUGGUCAGAAUUUUUUUAGCGGAGGGCGGCUUGGUGAUAUAAGUAAUAUUGGAUUUUUUUAAUAUUGAAUACAUCUACAUAGUUUACUAUUUGCCUAUAUUAUCAGGGUAUAUUUAAUUGUCCUGUGGUUAGACAAAGGAGAGCGAGAACUCAGAAGUUACUUCACGAUUAGGGGCAGCUAUAUCUUGCCUUUGAUUUUUAUACUUAAUUAGCCCCAGAGGGUACCUACUCAUCUAACUAUAAUUUAACAUCCCUAGUGCCCAGGAAAUUGGAAAGUAUGAUGAUAACUUGGUUUGAGAGGUUCUCCAUAGUGGAUUUUUUAUUAUAAAAAUUUGUUUACCUCAUUUACAUGUAAUGUGAUAAUAAUCCCACUUUCCUUUCUGGUACAUUUCCCAUUGUCCCUUUUGUUAAUGUUGUUUUUCAUUUCACUACAGGUGGAUUUAUUUCCCCAGACAUAAAUUAAGGCAACUGCUUUUUUUCCCUCUUACGUUAAAUGUUUGGAACAAAGAAAGACACUAAAAGUUUACACUUAGGAAAGAAGUACCCUGGUGGAAAUUAUUUUUAUAAUUGUCAGUGUUUUUGAGAUCUGUCAGUUUUAAAGACCUCAUAAAGUAUGGUUUAAAAAAGUACAGUUAAAUCCCAGUUAGGGCAGGGAGAUUUUCUAGAAGUCUCUAAUACUCUAAUAGGUUUUUUUGUAAUUGGAUCUAUUUCCUGAGCGUGUGCCUGACUUUUGAAAGAAAAAAUAAUUAGUUGUAUGGUAUUUGACUACAGGAUGAAUGAGUAGUAGUUUGCAUCCAAAUAAGUAUACAACAGUGUAUAGAUACCUAAAUAUUCGAGGAACUUGGUACUAAAUUAAAUGCUCUGAAUUGACUUCCCCAAAUGUUUAGAAUUGAGUGUGGGUUACUUAAAUACAUAAUAUAUCUAAGGCUGUAUCAGUGUAGUCAGAGUAUUUUGCUUUUGAGGAGAGGAAUCUAUGAAAUGAAGUUAAGACUGAUUUUUUUUUUUAAGUACAUCACAUUUGUGAUUGUCGUUGGCACUCAAAACUAUGCAAAAUAUUCUUUUUAAGUAUCUUAAGAAAGAAUUGGCAAUUAAAGUGGAUUUUGCUUAUUUAUGCACUACAGAUUGCAGCAUAUUGUGUUAAUGCUUAGGCUGCUUAAUAAGUUCUAAAUAUGAAAAGCAGAUCUUGGCUAUAAGUGUAUGACUGAUUUAGGCUUUUAAAUCUCUGCAGUAGGGAAGUGGUAUUUCCAUAAUCCUGUGUAGCAGCACAGGAAAUUAAGAAUUUUUUUGUUGUUGUUUUAAA